UCAGGAGGUCACUGAGAACGUAUUGCGGCCGUCGAAUCUCAGCAUGCAGGGAAUCUCGCUAGGUGGUAGCACCCCUGACUUCGUCGGUGUCGGAGCAUGAGUUGGAAUGCGAGCCGAAAAAGGCGCAGAAGGGGGAGCCCAGAAGAGAAGAGAUUAAGAAAUCAGCAUGCCAAAAGGUGAAGAAUUGGUACAAAAUCAAAUGUCUAGGGCUGUACCAACUUACCAUGGAUAUCAUAAUGAUGAUCCGAGUGUGUAAAAUGUUCCGCCAAGGACUCGGGGGAUUCCGAGAAUAUCAAGUCAUUGAGGUCCCUCACAGAAAGCAUCCUCUCUUCUCCUUCUGGGAUAAAAAGAAGCAAGGCCGAAUUAUAUUUGAUACCGAGGACUUUGUUGCUGAGGAGGGUCACUUCCCUCCAAGGGCCAUUCAGAUCACGCAGAAGAAGCCUUCCUGGAGGACAGAACAGGAGAUCCAGGCUCUCUGCAAUGUCCUACAGGUUGUGGAUAGCUACCGGAACUAUACAGAGCCCCUACAACUGCUCUUGGCCAAGGUCAUGCGCUUUGAAAGGUUUGGCCGUAGGCGUGUGAUUCUCAAGAAGGGACAGAGGGGUAGCAGCUUUUAUUUCAUCUAUGUGGGUACAGUUGCAGUGACUGAGGAUGAAGAUGGCAGCAGUGCCUUCCUAGACCCCCAUCCAACAUUGCUGCACAGGGGCAGCUGUUUCGGGGAAAUGAGCCUUCUGAAUAUAGGAACAAGGAGGGCCACUGUGGUCUGCUUUGAGGACACAGAGUUCCUGGUUGUUGACAGGGAGGAUUUCCUGGCUAAUAAGCUGGAUGAAGAAGUUCAAAAGGAUGCUGAGAGUCGAUUUGAAUUUUUUAGAAAGCUGGAUCUUUUUCAAUCGUGGUCUGAUGAGAAGCUCUGGCAGCUAGUAACCUUGGGGAAGAUAGAGAAGUACUCAUAUGGGCAGCUGAUCGAAAAAGACUUUGUUGAGUCCUCCUUCGUCAUGUUGAUCUGCAAGGGCAGCUGUGAAGUCCUGCGGCUGAUAGACCUUCAGACCUCCCCUUACUAUUACAAGUGGAUCUGGCAGCAUCUGGAGCUGACAGAUGACAGACCUCUAGGGACUCAUCUCAAUGAAAUGAAUCCUGUAAUGAGAUUUAGGGAAUUCCAGAUCAAAUCAUAUCCUCUACAGGACUUUAGCUGUUUGAAACUUCUACAUCUCCAGGAAUCCUGGAAGCAAGAGGAGACAAGCUUCAAUAAGACAAUCAAAACCUCAGGAGAUAGUCUCCCCAAGUUGCUGGGCCCGAAGAUCAAAUCCAAGCGUGCUCAGUCGAUCCAGUGUCCCAUGGUUAAUACCCAGUUUGGUGAGCUCCCCAAGGAGGCUGUGGUGGGGGCCUACGUGAAGAUCCACACUGUGGAGGAAGGAGAAAUUGUGGGCUUUCACCAGGCCUUCUUUCCAGAGAGCCAUCGUGACAUGCGGCCCUUGAUUCUCGUGAGCCUGGGAACUGAGUUGAUUCGAUUAAGGAAAGAAAAAUUUUAUGAAAUGAUUGAUGAAGAGACAAGAGAGAAGUUGUUGAGGUCUGACAUUGAGUACCCCAGACCACGGAGAUGCUCACUGGGGGACUUUUUUUGGCUCCGCCCACACGACCCAGCAAAUCGGCCUCAAGAGCAGGAGGAGUGGGGGAGAUUGAGAGGCUUGUGGGAAGCCGGUGGUGGCAGUUGGGCUCUGAGGGAAUUCCUGAAGAGCUCAUGUGGUGUGGUGUGUGUUCUAAAAAUAAAGUUCAUUUCUUUUGACAAGUGGCUCCUGAAUUGUGCUCAGCCAGAUUGCGCCAUUAAAAGAUGAUAAGUUUAAUGACUC